AUGUCUCUUUCAGCUGCAGCUAACAAGAUAUCAGACAACGAUUUCCAAAAUAUUGGGCCGGCACCUAGACCUCCCAGUUCGAAUGGCCAGAGCCGUACUGGCUACAAUCAAACGAAACCUAUAACUAAACUUAUGAGCCAACUCGAUUUAGCAUCUGUGUCCCAUUCAGGUACAAAUCCUUCAAAGAAAAAAAGCGGAUGGGUGUCUUACAAAGAUGACGGUAUACUUUCAUUUAUAUGGCAAAAAAGAUUCUUGAUGCUACACGAUUCAUAUGUUGCACUUUAUAAGAACGAUAAGCAAAAUGACGACGCAAUCUUGAAGAUACCACUAACAAGUAUUAUAAGCGUAAGCAGGACGCAGUUGAAACAGUACUGCUUUGAGUUGAUACGCUGCAAUGACCGAAAUUCAGUAUCAUCAGGAUCCUCAUCCACUUUAAAUUUAUCAUCUGACAACAACUCAAAAAAAUCCAUAUAUAUUGCUACAAAGACCGAAAAUGAUCUACACAGUUGGUUGGACGCCAUAUUUGCCAAAUGUCCACUAUUAAGUGGUGUCUCUUCUCCGACCAAUUUCACGCAUAAAGUCCACGUUGGUUUUGACCCAGAAACAGGUAGUUUCGUUGGCAUGCCUACAAACUGGGAAAAAUUACUAAAGCAUUCAAGGAUUACAGGAGAAGACUGGAACAACAACUCAGCAGCGGUUAUUCAGGUGUUGCAGUUUUAUCAGGAAUAUAAUGGUGUCAGUAAUCCCACAAAUACUUUGGACAAGUCUCAGAGUGGUGAAGCUACUUCCUCUCAGAAAUCACUGGCUAGCAGUAACAGUGACAACAAACUCAGAAAUGAUUCGGUGCAUUCAAAGUCAUCCUCGGGUAUUUCUUCAGGUAUGAUAUCACAAAGGCAAGCUCCACAACCGCCCAAUACCAAAUCACCUGUUUCUAUUGGAAGUGGCUCUCUGCCACCAAUAAACACAAAAUUGCCUAAUAGUCAGUCAAAUAUUCCUAGACAUUUGCAAAACAUCCCUAACCAGCAAUAUACCCAGAUGAGAAACGGACAUUCCCCAACCAACGGACAAUUUCCUAGAGGACCUAUACAUCCAAACCAUUCUCAGCGAUCUUUGCAGCAACAGCAGCAAAAACAACAGCAUCAACAGUAUCCCUAUCACCAGCAAUUACCUUCUCCUUCUUCAUCUUCAUCACCAUCUCCAUUAAAUCCUUAUAGACCGCAUCACAAUAUGAUAAACCCAUAUUCCAAACAACCCCAAUUACCGUUGAGUGCACAAUCAACUCAAAACCAUGCCAUGCCCCGUUAUGCACAAAAUUCAAGUCCUACGGCUCCACAAUUUCAACCUCAAAGGACAGCUCCCAAACCGCCAAUAUCAGCACCAAGAGCUCCAUAUCCACCAAAUCAAAGUGCUGGUGCUAGCAGUACAGCUAUACAUCAUGCAGCGCCUAAGAACGAUGAGCCAGCUCUUCGUGCAAUGAGGAAAGCUCCAAAGAAACCGGAUGUUGAUACCAAGCAACCAACUGGCGUGGCCAAACCUAAGAAGCCAACAAGACCAACAAUGUCAACUGCCGAAAUAAUGAACAAAUUGGAAAAUGUCACGGUUAAUGCGGAUCCAUCUCUUUGUUUCAAGGUUAUCGAGAAGGCUGGCCAGGGUGCAAGUGGAUCUGUCUACCUUGCCGAGAGGACGCAUAUUCCAACUGAAAGUAAUAUGAUCGAACUUAUAAAUAAUGAGAUCGAUGAACCCCAAGUGGGAGAUAAAGUUGCUAUCAAGCAAAUGGUUUUAUCUAAACAGCCUCGCAAAGAACUCAUAGUAAAUGAAAUUCUAGUUAUGAAGGAUUCACGUCAUAAGAAUAUUGUCAAUUUUCUCGAGGCGUAUUUGAGGACUGAUGAUGACUUAUGGGUGGUAAUGGAAUAUAUGGAAGGUGGUUCACUGACAGAUAUUAUCGAGAAUAGUCCCACAAACGAUACAUCACACUCACCAUUAACAGAACCUCAAAUUGCAUACAUUGUACGAGAAACUUGUCAAGGAUUGAAAUUUCUACACGAUAAGCAUAUCAUCCACAGGGACAUCAAAUCGGACAACGUCUUGUUAGACACAAGAGCAAGAGUUAAAAUUACAGAUUUCGGAUUUUGCGCCAGAUUAACCGAUAAAAGAAGUAAAAGAGCUACUAUGGUUGGGACACCUUAUUGGAUGGCUCCCGAAGUCGUCAAACAACGUGAAUACGAUGAAAAAAUUGAUGUGUGGUCCUUGGGUAUUAUGACCAUUGAAAUGUUGGAAGGUGAACCACCAUACUUAAAUGAGGAUCCAUUAAAGGCGCUUUAUUUAAUUGCAACUAAUGGUACUCCAAAACUCAAGUAUCCAGAAACUUUAUCUUUAGAGAUCAAACGGUUCCUAAGUGUGUGUCUUUGUGUAGAUGUUAGAUACAGGGCAUCAACUGAAGAGCUUUUACAUCAUGGUUUCUUUAAUUUGGCAUGUGAUCCGAAGGAUUUAACAUCACUGUUGGAAUUGAAAGAGUGA